GUGGCACUUGGUUCCGGUUGCCAGAGCAACGAAAGAAAGCCGCGUCGCCAGAGCGGGGCAUACCCCGGGAAAAUGACGUCAGCGUGCGGCACCACUCACCGUUGCGCAUCCAACACAGCGAGAAGUUUAUGCGCAAACACUCCCAAGACCGACGGCCAGGUAGACAUGGUGACAUUUGGGCCGGACGAAUCUGUUUGCGAAGCAGUUUGUGGAGGAAGACUCACGCCGCCUCAGCAGCAGACCGAAAAUCACAGAAAUCAGAGACUCAUGUCCAAACUGGGCGACUCUGGAUUCGAGGACGAUCUGCUUUCCUCUCCCGUUCCGCCCCGUCCUCGAACAAAUGCGCCCCGCCUAGGCUCGAAGGAACCAGACUGCGCUGAUGGACAGCUGUCCAACUGGUACCUUCAGUACGGAGACGUCGGUUUCAGGAUCCAGAGGGAGAAAGAGGCGCAGUUUCAUCCCUGCCAAAGCCUGGCGCGUCAACCACAACUGACUGCAGACGCGCGCUGUAAGCUGGUCAGCUGGCUCAUCCCUGUCCAUAAACACUUCCGCCUGUCCUUUGAGUGCUGCUGCCUGACUGUGAACAUCAUGGACAGAUUCCUGGCAUCCACCCCGGUGGCCGCAGACUGCUUCCAGCUCCUGGGCGUCACUGCACUUCUCCUAGCCAGUAAACAGGUGGAGGUGCGCUCUCCGUCGGUCAGCUAUCUCUUGUCCCUGUGCUGCGACGCUUUCACCAAGGAGCAGAUCUGCAACCUGGAAUGUCUCGUCCUCCUCCGUCUCAACUUCCGCCUCGCCGCGCCCACCCUGGCCUUCUUCCUGGACUAUUUCAGCAACCUCGUCGAGGCCGCCCGGCUUGUGACCGAGAGCAGCGGCAGCGAUAGGUUUUCCGGAGUGAGUUCAGAGAUAGGAAAGAUCAGAGAGUGCAGCGAGCUUGCACAAAAAGUGUGCGAGUUGACCCUGGCAGACUACGCUUUCAAUAAAUACCCGCCGUCUCUGACCGCUCGCUGUGCCCUGAGACUUGCCGGUGAAUUACUGAAAGCCGAACACCAUUUUGCAGAGCGGGCGGCCGCAGAGCUGGCAGAGGACCAGUGGGACCAGUUCAGGGAAGAUCUCUGUACGCAGACAGUCUGUAUGCAGUCUUAUGAAAACCCUGCUUUUAACCCUGGGGAGUGUUUGACGGCGGAGGCGUCUCCAGGCCAGGACUACAAUCUGGUGCAGGAGUGUAAAGACAACCUAAAGCUGUUGGUGUCUCUCAAUCAGGAGACCUUGAAGAUGAUGUCAGUGAUGUAAAACAUCACCUUUUUAGAAGCUUUCUUAAAAAAAAAAAAAAAAAAAGACAAAUUACAGACCUUUAUUUUAGAUUAUUGGGAUUUGUUUAACGCUAAUGUUUCAUAGACUUGCACUGUAUAAAUACCUCAUGAACAGUCAAAUGUUUGCAACCACGAAAGGUUUACUUGGUGUUAUAUUUUUAUUUAUUUGUGUUACUACUAUAUUGUGUGAAUAAAACCAUUUUGUAACCUCUUUAAUGAAUGAUUUGAAACCAUGUUAUUUAUUGAUUGCUUUAAGUAAUAAACUGUAUGAAGAAAAA